AGAUCUGCGGUUUCCCUCCCAUUGGCCGGCCUGCGUGGGUGCCAGCUUCUGCGUGUGAUUUAAUGGAUCAGAAGGAGGUGUCAGUGAAAAAAAAGGUCCAGAAUGAUUACUAACCUAUGACUCCCAACAGUAUGACAGAAAAUGGCCUUCCAGCCUGGGACAAACCAAAGCACUGUCCAGACCGAGAACACGACUGGAAGCUAGUAGGAAUGUCUGAAGCCUGCCUCCAUAGGAAGAGCCAUGCGGAGAGGCGCAACUCAUUGAAAAAUGAACAGCCGUCACCACAUCUCAUCCAGACCACUUGGACUAGCUCGAUAUUCCAUCUGGACCAUGACGAUGUGAACGAUCAGAGUGUCCCAAGUGCCCAGACCUUCCAAACAGAAGAAAAGAAAUGUAAAGGGUACAUCCCCAGUUAUUUAGACAAGGACGAGCUAUGUGUAGUGUGUGGUGACAAAGCCACUGGGUAUCACUACCGCUGCAUCACGUGUGAAGGCUGCAAGGGUUUCUUUAGAAGAACCAUUCAGAAAAAUCUCCAUCCAUCCUAUUCCUGUAAAUAUGAAGGAAAAUGCGUCAUAGACAAAGUUACGAGAAAUCAGUGCCAGGAAUGUCGCUUUAAAAAAUGCAUCUAUGUUGGCAUGGCAACAGAUUUGGUACUGGAUGACAGCAAGAGGCUGGCGAAGAGGAAGCUGAUUGAGGAGAACCGGGAGAAGAGACGGCGGGAAGAGCUGCAGAAAUCCAUCGGGCACAAGCCGGAGCCCACGGACGAGGAGUGGGAGCUCAUCAAAACCGUCACUGAAGCCCAUGUGGCCACCAAUGCCCAAGGCAGCCACUGGAAGCAGAAACGGAAAUUCCUGCCAGAAGAUAUUGGACAAGCACCAAUAGUAAAUGCCCCAGAAGGUGGAAAAGUUGACUUGGAAGCCUUUAGCCAUUUUACAAAAAUCAUCACACCAGCAAUUACCAGAGUGGUGGAUUUUGCCAAAAAGUUGCCUAUGUUUUGUGAGCUGCCAUGUGAAGACCAGAUAAUCCUCCUCAAAGGCUGCUGCAUGGAGAUCAUGUCCCUUCGCGCUGCAGUGCGCUAUGACCCAGAAAGUGAGACUUUAACCUUGAAUGGGGAAAUGGCAGUGACACGGGGACAGCUGAAGAAUGGGGGUCUUGGGGUGGUGUCAGACGCCAUUUUUGACCUGGGCAUGUCGCUGUCUUCUUUCAACUUGGAUGACACUGAAGUAGCUCUCCUUCAGGCUGUCCUGCUAAUGUCUUCAGACCGCCCAGGGCUUGCCUGCGUUGAAAGAAUAGAAAAAUACCAAGACAGUUUCCUGCUGGCCUUUGAACACUAUAUCAAUUACCGAAAACAUCAUGUGACACACUUUUGGCCAAAACUCCUGAUGAAGGUGACAGACCUGCGGAUGAUUGGAGCCUGCCAUGCCAGCCGCUUCCUGCACAUGAAGGUGGAAUGCCCCACGGAACUCUUUCCCCCAUUGUUCUUGGAAGUGUUCGAGGAUUAGACUGACUGACUUCAUUCUC